UGGCCGACCCUUGUCUUGGAGUGUCAUCCCAACAGGAAUGAAUGUGCCGUUUCAAUGCCAUAUCAGCUGACAUUCCAUGAAAACAAUCUAAUAUUCAAGUCUGUGAAGUUACUCUUACAGAUUAUGUUUUUGUAAUCGCGCUGUGAGGAGCCGACGAGUCCCUGCCUUUAUUUCCGCAGAACCUUCCUGUGAAAGUUGACCAGAGCCAAGAUGGCAGGAGUUGUAGCCAAACGAGAGGGACCACAGUUCAUCAGUGAAGUAGCUGUGAGGGGCAACGCCGCCGUGCUGGACUACUGCCGCACCUCUGUAUCCGCUCUAUCCGGAGCAACAGCUGGCAUCCUGGGGCUGACGGGACUCUAUGGCUUUAUUUUUUAUUUCCUCUCCGCUUUUCUCCUGUCCCUGUUGCUCAUUCUCAAGGCUGGACGGCGAUGGAACAAGUUCUUUAAAUCAAGGCGGCUGCUCUUCACCGGAGGUCUUGUUGGAGGCCUUUUCACUUACGUCCUGUUCUGGACUUUCCUCUAUGGGAUGGUGCAUGUGUACUAAAAUGAUCUGCCACAAAUUACCCCUUAAUUAAUCCUAUCUAAUGCUACGUAAACCAAUAAUAUUGUCUGUCCUGCUGUUUGUAGAUAAGCCAUUAGUGAAAGACUUUGGAUUUUUUCAUUAUGAACUGUUGAUUAAAAAGAGGAUCUGUCAAUAAUAUUAUGCAGAAUGAAAGUCUUCUUAUCCUUCCUGCUCCACACUAAGCAGCGACUAUGACCUUAUUUCACCUAUAACUUCUGCUCUGUGCUUGGUAUCAUCUGUACCAGGAUAAGAGCAGCUAUGAUAAUGUAGGUUUUAGUGUAACAUAGAUCAAAACAGAUAACAUCUGCACAAGUUGUAAGCACUUGACAUUACAUUUCAUGUACAAUACUGUGGUUCAGUUAUGACAAAUCUGGUUACUGAUUGAAAUAAAUACCUCUGUACAACA